AUGAAGAGGGAAAGAAGUUUGGAAAAAGCCUCGGAAGUGGCGGAAGAAGAGUUCUCGAAAGUGAAGUUCUGGCGCGAGGUGUUCGCGGCGCUGACGGGCAUGCACGGGGUGUACGUACUCUCGCACUUCGCGUUCGACAACUGCGCCGGCGGCGUCUGUUCACUUUUUUUAUUCUUGUGUUUCGGCUUUGCACAAGUGGACCGCCGCUUCGGAUCUUACAUUUUGACAGCUUUGUUUUCUUUUUCUUUUGCAAUAGUGCUUUCCACUUCGCUGGCGACUCCGCUCCGCGGCUUCGAAGCCCUCAGCUCCAACUUGCUGCUGCGCCGCGUCUGCGUCACGCAGCUGCUGCUGCUGCUGCUUGCUGCUCCCGUGUCCGUUGCUGUUGCGCUGAAGAUCCGCAACUUCCACAACUUCCUCCGGGAGCCCGGAGUGCUGCUGCCUCUGCCCAGUUCCGAAACUUGCAAAACGCACAAAGUGCACAGCUCGCAGCAAGUUCUGGACUUGCACAACUUGCAAAAAGCCCAGGGGCCCCCCAAGGGCCGGAACUUCAGCUACGAAAUUCCCCUCGGCAGGCCGCCCUCUGCUGCCGUUUAG